AUGUUACAGGAGCUUACUAGUGUACCCCUGAGACAACCAGCGCCGCCUGUGUCUACAACGACUACAUUGCAUACUGCAGGUACCGGGCGGUCGCGGAAGAAGUCAAGGUCCGGAUGCGGGACGUGCAAAGUACGCAAAGUAAAAUGUGACGAGACAAAGCCAGUCUGCAAUCGCUGUCUCAGCACUGGCCGGACGUGUGAUGGCUACGGUGCCCAGGGAGGAGGAGGAAAUACUUAUCUUGACCGAUAUGGCCGUCGUUCCCAGCCAACCACUACUGGCUCAGAAGUUCAGCUUUCAAAACCUCUGGCAAAGUCUUUUCCGUCAGACGAAUUACGCUACCUUGAGCUGUACAAACAGCGCGUAUCGUGGACGUCGUCAGGUUGGUUCGGGUAUUCGUUCUGGCACGCUACUGUUAUCCCGGCCCUUGCCUCUGAACCGGCCAUCUUGCAUGCCGUCGUAGCACUGAGUGCGGCACACGAGUGUAAUUUUAUUCCGGGCCAGAGUGUCGGCACGAGAGAGAGGUUUGUCCUAAAGCAGUACAGCCAGGCGAUUUCCGGGCUGCAGCCGAUGCUGGCGAGGACGAGUGAUACACAAGACGUGGCUGUUGUACUGGUGACAUGCAUGCUCUUUACAUUCCUGGAGUACCUGAGAGGGCGCCACGAAAUCGCCGAAACACACUUGAAGAAUGGAAUCAAGUUACUAGGCGAUGGCCGGGUCCCACGCUCCAGCGUCAUGGAACAAAGCAUUGUCCGCAGCUUCGCCGCCCUCGUCACGCAAAGAACCCUCUUCAGCUCAGACUUCCACCUCUCCAACCCAGACAUCUUCCCCCACUCGCUGGCAACCCUACACCUCCCCAGCUCCAUCUUCGCAAGCCCCGAAGCCGCAAAAGACGCCCUCGACACCAUCCUCCGCCGCGUAACACACACAGAGCACCUCCUCCAAACAUCUCAACCCCACCACCAACCCUCCCCUUCCCUCGAAAAAACCCAGUCCCACCUCCUCACCUUGCUAGAUUCCUGGCAUGCAACCUACCUCCGCACCAAAUCCCACCUCAACUCCUGCCCGCCAGACAAAGACACUCCAGCCUUUGGAUCGCACCCGGGAUCCUCACGCACACCCCUUUCCUACACCCUCCUCCUCAUGUCCCACAGCAGCGCCCUAAUCCGCGCGCACACCCUUUUAUCCGCCUCCCCUUUAAUCUACGCCUCGCACACGCGCCUCUUCCACCGCAUCCUCUCCUGCGCCCGCACCAUCCACAUCGCCUACAGCUUCGCCGUGCAAAUCCCGCAAAACGUCAAUUUCGAGCAUUCCAUCUGCGAGUCCGGCGUCGUGGCUUCGCUGUUCUACACUGCCAUCAAGUGCAGAGUUCGCUGCUUGCGGCACUAUGCCCAUGCGUCGUUAGACGCGGUGCCCCGCAUGGAGGGGUGCUGGGAUAGCCCGGUUGUGGCCAAGGUGGUCGAGAGGGUCAUGGGCAUGGAGGAUCAGGGCGUGUGGGAUGCGAGGAAGGAGGAGGAGAAGGAUUUGACGACUCUGCCCGAAUUCGAGGAUCUGGAGGACGAAGGGGUGGUGUUGGAGGAGGAGAAGCUGUUUCGGAGUGUGAGGGUGGAGAUGAGGGAGGGGGGCAGGGCGGAGGCUAGGUGUGAGAGGGUGGGUGGGGAUGGGGAGGUGGAGGUUGUGGUGUUUGAGGUUGGUAAUAAGUGA